UCGCAGUUCGAUUCCGGAUUUGCUGUAGACUGCAAGCAGUUUUCAUGUUGACGUUUGUUUGUUUUCAAUCAUAAUUUUUCUUCAGAUACCACGGAGCAAAUACGCGCACGAAUUACUGCUUUCAAAUUGCAAUGGCCGAAAGUUUUUAGUUAUUUUUGUCAAGGGUUCAAUCAAGGUGGUGGUCAGCCUACCGAGCUAGCUAGCUAACGUUACUAGCUUGUCGGCGAGAAGAGCUGCGUGGUACAUUCUGACCGUAGCUAGCCAGAUUGGCAUUGGAUAGCAGUCAUCGUGCUAGAGUUACUAGCUACUUCUGUUUUAGCUAUUGUUUUUAUAACAAUUAUUCUGCUACACAAUGCCAAUGCAUUCCAAUCGAUGAGAGUUGUGCAGCAAGCGUGCAGAGGCUCUCACACGUUUGCUUGGUCUAGUUUGGUUGAUUUGGACGCAUUUGGUUCGUUUUGGAGAGGUUGUAGCGAAAGUAUUCCGAUUCGACUCUUCGAAGCCUAGGCCGAACCAAAUUGGUCAACUUUGUUGAGAAGGCUGGCUUGUAGUCCCUUCAUUCUCCUGUUCCUGUGUGGGUCCCCGUGUGGUCGCCGACAUGCUGAAGACCAGACAGUGUCUACUUGGCAUCCGCACUUUCCUAGGUGUAACGUCCAGAGUAUGGGGCUUCUUCUUGUACAUUCUCAGGAAGCACCUACGCACGGUUAUCCAGUACCAGACAGUGCGGUAUGACACUUUACCCCUGUCCCCCAUCUCCAGAAACAGACUCAAUGCAGUGAAGAGGAAGAUUCUGGUACUGGAUCUAGAUGAGACGCUGAUCCACUCUCACCACGACGGGGUCCUCAGACCCACAGUGCGACCCGGCACACCACCAGACUUCAUCCUCAAGGUAGUCAUUGACAAGCACCCUGUCAGAUUCUUUGUACAUAAAAGGCCGCACGUCGACUUCUUUUUAGAAGUGGUCAGCCAGUGGUAUGAGCUGGUAGUGUUCACGGCCAGUAUGGAGAUAUACGGCUCGGCAGUGGCAGACAAGCUGGACAACAACAGGAACAUUCUGAAACGCAGAUACUACAGACAGCAUUGUACGUUGGAUCUAGGUAGCUAUAUUAAAGACCUGUCAGUAGUACACGAUGACCUGUCUAGUAUCGUCAUCCUGGACAACUCGCCUGGAGCUUACCGGAGCCAUCCAGACAAUGCAAUACCUAUCAAGUCCUGGUUCAGUGACCCUAGUGACACAGCACUCCUUAACCUGCUGCCUAUGCUGGAUGCACUUAGGUUCACCGCUGACGUCCGGUCCGUCCUCAGUCGAAACCUCCACCAGCACCGGCUCUGGUGAUUGGCUUAUUCUGCAGGGAGGGUUUGGCUGAUUAGCCCUCUUUUUAAACCCCUUCCCCUUGCCGGCUCCCAUCGCUCCUCCGUUUCCACGCAGUGGACCUCUCCCCUCACCCCUCUCAGAAGGGGACAGAGGAGAGGAGGGUCACAGCAUAACAUGAAACAAGGGAUGAACAGAGCGAGAUCUGGAAGGCCAGGAUGUUUUUGCUUCUUUAUUUGUGUUUUUUUUCUUCUUUUAAACAAAAUGGAAUUUCAGCCUUACAGUUCCUGAUACUGACUCUGUGUAUGUACGCAUGGGGCUGCGUUUGUGUACGUUGAGUUGGGCGAAUGCUCACAUUUGUACGUCUUGCUAAACUUUUGACGUUACAAAAAGAGAAGGAACAGCAAGGCAACGAACGAGACAAGUUUCCAUCUUUUGCUUCUUACCCUGGACUCUGCACAACAAAAACAACAGGCAAUGGCCUGUCAUUUUACACUCUCUCUACUUGGUACUGGACUUUACUUAAGACGGCCAAGAGCAACCAGACAGGAGAAAAUGGAGGAUGGUUAGUUUUGGGGGUAUAGGCCCUGUCAAUCAAUCAAGGUAAUUAGUGUGUCAGGGGUUACCGAUGAUUGAGUUAAGACUGGUAAUUUUACACAAUUAAGACUUUCUACAUACUUAACAGACAUCUCUGGAUGAAUUAUAAAGCAGUCUGAUUUGUUUUAUCAAAUGACUGACAUGAUCAUGUCUAUCUUGAAUGUGUUCCCCCAAAAAUGCUUGUAGGAUACAUCAAGAUGGAAGGAUGGACUAAAGAAGUUAUGAAAGAAAAGAAUAGUUCAAAAAAAGACUUAUUUGGAUGGUGGAACCUCACUCUUUUUAAAUUUCUCAUUUUUCAGUUACCGUGAUGUGUAUAGUAUGACCUGGACAUCUCCAUUAUUGGAAAUCUUAUGCCUGAUACCAUUUCAAUUUAUGAGAUUUGCACUUAAUUUCUGGAUUUUUCUGCUGCUGUUUUGUAUUUGAAGCAGAAUGAUCAGCCACCUGAAAAUGUUUUACCUGCUCCCUUGACCGUAUUGGUACCAUUGUCUGCCACCUCUGUCUUUUCAAUGCCAUUUGAACAAUUUCAAUCUUGUCAAGGCUCCAGUCAUGACUGCUUCUUUUUGGUUCAGUCCCCAGGUCUGUGUUACUAAUAAAACACUUGUCAGUAUCGA